AUGAACUCUUCAGGUUGUACUGGGCCCAAAGUCCUGCUGUUCUUACUGCUCUCGCUGCUUCUGCUGCACCUGGACCUGGCCAACUCCACCUUCGUCAGCAUCAACCGGGGCCUGCGGGUGAUGAAGGGCGGCUCUGCCUUCCUGUCUGGAGAUCAUCUGAAGUUUGCCAUCCCCAAAGAGAAGGAUGCCUGUAGAGUGGAGGUAGUGAUGAAUGAACCGAUAACCCAGAGGGUUGGGAAACUCACGCCACAGGUCUUUGAUUGCCAUUUCCUUCCCAACGAAGUGCAGUAUGCUCACAAUGGAUGCCCAAUUCUUGAUGAAGAUACUGUGAAGCUUAGACUGUAUAGAUUUACUGAAACAGACACCUUCAUGGAAACCUUCCUCUUGCGAGUCCAUCUUGUGGAACCAGACUGUAACAUCAUCCGCCUGAGCAGCAGUAUGCUGGAGGUGACUGAAUUCUACGGAUUGUCCCAAGCCAUUGAUAAGAACCUGCUCCAGUUUGACUAUGAUAGGAAAGCCAACUUGGACUGCACCAUCAGACUGGACCCAGUGGGGACUCAUCUGCCAGCCCAUGGCAAGCUGGUUACGCUGAAUCAUAAGCCGGAGGGACCUCGUGGAGAUCAGCCGCACAGCUUUUUUUCGGAGACCCGUAUGUACCUCUUCAUAGUUAAGCUAAAGUUGAGCGUCAAGCUGAAGUGUCCAGGUGGAAGCUGUGCCCUGGGACUGCAGGAAGUGGGGAGUCUGAGAGCGAGUUGUGAGGAGUUCCUGAUGAUGGGGCUUCGCUACCAACACACACGCCCCCCUUCUCCCAACGUCGAUUAUAUUGCCAUCCAGCUGGAUCUCACGGACAGGAGGAGUAAAACCACGUACAAGUCAGAGAGUGCGUGGUUGCCUGUCAACAUUAGGGUGGGCAUUCCUAACCAGGCCCCCAGGGCUGCUUUCAUGGCCAUGUUUGUUCUGGAGGUGGACCAAUUCAUUCUCACCCCCCUGACGACCUCCGUUCUGGACUGUGAGGAAGAUGAGACCCCCAAACCCUUGCUGGUGUUCAACAUCACUAAGGCCCCGCCCCAGGGCUAUGUGACCCACCUGCUGGACCAUACCAGACCCAUCUCUUCGUUCACCUGGAAGGAUCUAAGUGACAUGCAGGUCGCCUACCAGCCACCAAACAGCAGUUACCCUGAGAGGAGACACUACAAGCUGGAGGUGGAGGUGUACGACUUCUUCUUUGAGAGGAGCGCCCCCAUCACGGUCCACAUCUCCAUCAGAACAGCAGACACAAAUGCGCCCCGGGUGUCUUGGAAUACAGGUCUGAAUCUCCUCGAGGGGCAGUCUCGGGCCAUCACUUGGGAACAGUUUCAGAUCGUUGACAAUGAUGACAUUGGUGCUGUGCAGUUGGUCACCAUUGGUGGCCUGCAGCAUGGACAGCUUACAGUAAGAGAGGGGAAAGGAUUUCUCUUCACUGUGGCCGACCUUCAGGCUGGAGUCGUUCGCUAUCAUCAUGAUGACAGUGACUCUACCAAAGACUUUGUGGCUUUCAGGAUAUUUGAUGGCCAACACAGCAGCCAUCACAAGUUUCCUAUCAACAUCUUGCCUAAAGAUGACAGUCCCCCAUUUCUCAUAACCAAUGUUGUUAUUGAACUAGAAGAGGGGCAGACUGUCUUGAUCCAAGGGUCCAUGCUGAGAGCUUCAGACGUGGACUCCAGUGACGACUACAUCUUCUUUAAUAUCACAAGGUUCCCACAGGCUGGGGAGAUCAUGAAGAAGCCAGGGCCAGGACUGGUAGGGUAUCCUGUCCCUGGCUUCCUUCAGAGAGACCUGUUCAGUGGAAUCAUUUACUAUCGUCACUUUGGUGGAGAAAUCUUUGGAGAUUCUUUUGAAUUUGUCCUGUGGGACAGCCACGAACCUCCGAAUCUCUCAGGGCCACAGGUGGUGACGAUCCAUAUCUCUCCAGUAGCUGACCAGCUUCCAAAAGAAGCUCCUGGCAUUUCCCGGCAUUUGGUUGUCAAGGAAACGGAGGUGGCCUACAUCACCAAAAAGCACCUACAUUUCCUAGAUACAGAAUCACAGGAUGGGGAGCUCGUCUACACAGUAACACGUCCUCCGUGUUUCUUCUUCAGCCACAGACACUUGGACGCUGGGAAGUUAUUCAUGGUGGACAGCAUACCAAAGCUAACCAAAAACCCUACAGCCCUGGGGCUGAGGUCAUUUACCCAGCACGCUGUGAACCAUAUGAAAGUGGCCUACAUGCCACCCAUGCAAGAUAUAGGUCCCACCCCUCGACAUGUACAAUUCACAGUGUCUGUCAGGAACCAGCGUGGAGGCACCUUGCACGGAAUCUGCUUCAACAUCACGAUUCUCCCAGUGGACAAUCAGGUUCCUGAGGUAUUCACCAAUACCCUGAGAGUGGCCGAGGGUGGUCAGUGCACCAUCAGCACAGAGAACAUCCUGGUUUCUGAUGUGGACACCCCAUUGGACAGCAUCUGCCUCUCUCUUCGGAAGAUGCCUCUCCACGGCAGGGUAGAGCUCAAUGGGUUUCCCCUUAACCCAAGAGACACAUUUUCAUGGAAGGACCUCAUUACCUUAAAAGUUAGGUAUCACCAUGAUGGAGCUGAGGUUUUCCAGGAUGAGAUAUUCUUGGAGGUCACAGAUGGCACAAACUCAGCAGAAUUUGUCCUACACAUUGAGGUAUUCCCUGUGAAUGAUGAGCCACCUGUUCUGAAGGCUGACCUCAUCCCCAUGAUGCAUUGCUCAGAGGGUGGAGAGGUGACUAUCACCCCUGAAUACAUUUUUGCUACUGAUGCAGACAGCGACGACUUGAAACUAUUGUUUCUGAUUGCCCGAGAACCUCAGCAUGGGGUGGUGAGAAAGGCUGGAAUCCGCGUGGACAGGUUCUCUCAGGGAGAUGUCAUCUCAGGGGCUGUGACGUACAAACACACAGGUGGUGAGAUUGGCCUGGCACCUUGUUUUGACACCAUUAUGUUGGUGGUUUCGGAUGGUGAGGCCGGCCCUUUGGUGAAUGACUGUUGCUACAACGGACCUGAUCCAUCUGCUCCUCUUCAUGAGUCCUUUCCCAUGUACGAGCUCAACAUCACAGUGCAUCCCGUCGACAACCAGGCACCUUCAGUCAUCAUAGGUAGGCGGCUCGUGGUGGACGAAGGCUUCUCAGGAACCCUCACGACUAGUCAUUUGACGGCCGCUGACCCGGACACCGCGCCAGAUGACUUAGAAUUUGUUUUGGUGUCGCACCCUCAGUUCGGCUACCUUGAAAACACACUCCCUUCUGCAGGUUUUGAGAAAAGUAACAUGGGCAUAAGUAUAGCUUCGUUCCGGUGGAGAGACAUGAAGGCUUUGCACAUUAACUAUGUGCAGUCCAGGCACCUGAGGGUGGAACCAACUGCCGAUCAGUUCAUGGUGUAUGCUACAGACGGGAAGGCACGCUCCUUAGAGACAACAUUUCAUGUUAUCAUCAACCCCACAAAUGAUGAAGCGCCUGACUUUGCGGUACAGAAUAUCACUGUGUGUGAGGGUCAGAUGACAGAGCUGGAUUCUUCCUUUAUCACUGCUGCUGACAGAGACGUUCCCAAGGACUCCUUACUCUUCAGCAUCCCUCGCAAGCCCCAGCAUGGCCUCCUCAUCCACAUGGCGAUCAGCAAAGAGUCUCCUCAAAUCAAACAGGAAAUUCACAACUUCUCCAUGGACCUUCUCAAGGCUGGAAUGAAGCUGGCGUAUGUCCAUGACGACUCGGAGAGCCUCACUGAUAGUUUUGUGAUCCAGUUGUCUGAUGGGAAGCAUAUAAUUCUUAAAACCAUUUCAGUUGCCAUCACCCCAGUGAACGAUGAGAAACCAACGCUAAGCAAGAAGGCUGAAAUCUCUAUGGCCGCGGGCGAUACGCGUGUUCUGUCUAGUGCUGUUCUUUCUGCCAUCGAUAAAGACUCUCCCAGGGAGACCAUUCACUAUUUAUUCGAAAGGCUUCCCCAAAACGGGCAACUUCAGCUUAAGAUAGGAAGGGACUGGGUCCCUCUCUCAGCUGGCAUGCAGUGCACCCAGGAGGAUGUGGACCUAAACUUGCUGAGAUACACACACACUGGCAAGAUGGAUUCCCAGAAUGGAGACAGUUUCGCCUUCUACCUCUGGGAUGGGGACAACAGAUCACCUGUGUUUGACUGUCACAUCAUCAUUGAAGAUUCGCGGAAAGGUGAUAUUGUGAUUCAUGCAAAACCACUCGUGGUAGCCAAAGGUGACAGAGGUUUCUUGUCGACUGCCACUCUCCUGGCUGUGGAUGGAGCAGACAAGCCCGAGGAACUGCUCUACCUCCUCACGUCCCCGCCGCAGUAUGGCCAGGUGGAGUACGUCCACUAUCCCGGAGUCCCCAUCACCAGCUUUAGCCAAAUGGACAUAGCAGGACAGACAGUCUGCUAUAUACACAAGAGCCGGGCGGCCGUCCCCAAUGACAGCUUCAGAUUUACCAUCAGCAACGGACUGCAGACCCGGCAGGGGGUGUUUGAGAUCACACUGGAGACUGCGGACCGGGCCUUGCCUGUGGUGACCAGGAACAAGGGGCUGAGGCUGGCUGAAGGGACCGUGGGCCUCCUGUCCACUGAGCACCUCCAGCUGACCGACCCUGACACCCCUCCAGACAACCUAACCUUCCUUCUGGUCCAGCUCCCCCGCCACGGGAACCUCCACCUGAGGGGGAAAGUCCUUCUCCAUAACUUUACCCAGCAAGACGUGGACAGCAGGGAUGUGGCCUAUCAGCACUCCGGAGGCGGCUCCCAGGCGGACGGCUUCACUUUCCUGGCCACAGACAGGAUGAACCAAGGCUUUGUUGUGGACGGGAAGGUGCGGAAACAGCCUGUUCUCUUCACCAUCCAGGUGGACCAGCUGGACAAAGCAGCACCCCGGAUCAUACGCCUGCACUCCCCUUCUCAAGUGGGGCUCUUGAAAAAUGGCUGUUACGGCAUUUACAUCACUUCCCAUGCGCUGAAGGCGUCAGACCCUGACACAGAGGAUGACCAGAUCAUUUUUAAGAUUUUAAGGGGCCCACUGCACGGACGUCUGGAGAACACGACUACAGGUGAUUUUAUCCAUGAGCAAUUUAGCCAGAAGGACUUAAGCAGCAAGACCAUUCUUUACAUCAUAAACCCAUCUCUGCAAGUGAAUUCAGAUAUUCUGGAAUUUCAGAUCAUGGACCCUGCAGGGAAUACCGCCACCCCUCAAAGCUUGGAGCUGAAGUGGUCUUUUAUUGAAUGGUUCCAGACUGAAUACGAGGUCUGUGAAAAUGUGGGCUUGUUGCCCUUGGAAGUUACCAGAAGGGGCUAUUCCAUGGAUUCUGCCUUUGUGGGCAUAGAGGUCAACCAAGUGUCAGCUGUAGUUGGAAAAGAUUUUACUGUCACGCCUUCCAAACUGAUCCAGUUUGACCCAGGAAUGUCAACUAAGAUGUGGAAUAUAGCAAUUACCUAUGACGGAUUAGAGGAAGAUGAUGAGGUCUUUGAAGUAAUUCUGAACUCCCCUGUGAAUGCCGUUCUUGGCACAAAGACAAAAGCUGCAGUGAAAAUUUUGGACUCAAAAGGAGGACGGUGCCAUCCUUCAGAUUCCUUCAACCAAAGCAAGCACAGCACGUGGGGGAAGGGCAGCGGGCAGCCGCUGCGCCCAGGGUCAUCCUCGCUCACCCCCGCUGGCUCUCCUCAUCUGGAAAGAGGGCCUUCUCCAUCUCUCACCAAAGGAGAUGCCCUUCAGGGCUUUGAUCCCACAGACCUCUCUCAGAGGAAGAUGAGGACCCAUGGGAAUGGCAAAUCAGUUCAUCCUUCCUCCGUUUGUAGAAAUGGAACAGACACCAUCUACAAUUAUCAUGGCAUAGUUUCCUUGAAACUAGACAGUGACGGUUUCUCUGCUCACAAACGGAAGGCCAAGCUUUCCAUCAUUAGGCCGCCGCAGAAGACAAUCCAGGUGGCAGAACUGCCUCUAGCUGAUAAGGUGGAAUCCACAGCUGGCUCACACUUCCCCAGACAGGGUCAGCUGCCCUCGUUUCCAAAGGACUGCUCUGUGGCAUUAAAGGGACUGUUUCAUUUUGAAGAAAGCACCCACAGACUGUAUCUAUGUGAUGGGACCACCUGGAAAGCCUGGAGCCCCCAAACCAAGGGGCUGGAGGACAAAUCCUGCCCAGCUGGAUGGCAUCUUCACUCAGGCUAUUGCCACACCUUGGUCACACAGAGGAAAGGCACCUGGACCACAGCUACCCGAGUUUGCAGAGAACAGUAUCAGGGCAACCUUGUGACCGUCUUCUCCAGGAGGCAUAUGCAGUGGUUAUGGGAUAUCAGUGGAAGAAAGCCCUUCUGGAUAGGUUUGAAGAACCAAGCACGCACUGGACACUGGGAGUGGAUUGGAGGUGAACCUUUUGCUUUCACCAACUGGAAGAGAGGGCCCCCUCAGCACCCAAAGCCUGGGAAGAACUGUGUUUUGGUUCACAAAAGAGGACAAUGGCAAUCAAAGAACUGUAGUAAAGGCAAGGCCCACAAUUUUGUGUGCUCAAGGAAACUCCAAAUACCUCACAUGAGUCCAUCAAGCAGUAUUGCGGGUGCUCCUACACAGAGUUCGCACAGAGUUCGAGUGAAGCUAGCCCUGCAUCUCCAGUCAGCCAGGGUUGAAUGCCAAGAUUUGGUACGCAUCCUGAAGCUCUUUUAA